UUAUCACUUGUAUACUUGUCAAAAGUUGUGACAACUCCCUUGACGUGUCGAAUAUUUGGGUUAACACGAUUACAUAUUUCGCUAUUUUUUGUCCUAAUUUGCUGUGUAUUUUAAGAGUGGUGUAUGGUGUCAGAAGGCAAAUAGAAGAGCUACGAUGGAUUUCUUGAAGAGCGGCUUAAAAACCGUUCUGGGGGCGCCGGAGCCCGGUCAAACACCGUCGGGUGCAGAAACGGUGGAGCGUCUAGUGGACCGUGUGAACAACUCCACUUUGCUGGAGGACCGGCGGGAUGCGUGCCGCGCGCUCAAAGCCUUGUCGCGCAAGUACCGCGUUGACGUGGGCGCGCAUGGCAUGGACACACUAAAACAGGUUCUAGAGCUUGACCGAGCAGACAACGAGACCAUACACUACGCCCUGGACACCCUCAACAACGUGAUGUACCCCACACAGUUCGAAGAGGAAGAGGACAACCCUCAUGUGCCCAUGAACAUCGGCGAACAAUUCACUGAAAUGUUCAUAAAAGACCACCACAACAUACAACUAGUUCUAGACUUGUUAGACGAGUUUGACUUCAGAGUUAGACUCUCCGCAGUACAGUUGUUGACUUCGCUACUAACUAACAGACCGAAGGAUAUACAAGAGAUAAUUCUAGUGAAACCGAUGGGGGUAUCCAAAAUGAUGGAUUUAUUGGGAGACCCUCGAGAAGUUAUCAGAAAUGAGACUUUGUUACUACUUAUCAAGCUUACUAGAGGCAACGCUAAUAUACAAAAGAUAGUAGCGUUUGAAAAUGCCUUCGACAGACUUUUUGAUAUUGUGUCUUCUGAAGGUUUUUCCGAUGGAGGGAUUAUUGUGGAAGACUGUCUGUUGUUAAUGUUGAAUUUGUUAAAGAAUAACAGCAGUAAUAUUAACUUCUUUAAAGAAGGUAGUUAUAUACAGAAGAUGUUACCAAUGUUUAACACUCCGGACGAAUCUGAAGACUAUGGCUGGUCGCCGCAAAAGGUUUCAAAUGUCCAUUGCAUGUUGCAAAUAGUUAGAACAUUAGUGUCACCGAGCAAUGCGAUUCAGAUUAUAUCUAGCUGUCAGAAGAUUAUGAAAAACGUUGGUCUGUUAGACGCUUUAUGUAAUAUUCUGAUGGCAAGUGGUGUGCCAGCGGAUAUAUUGACGGAAACGAUCAAUACGGUGGGGGAGGUGAUAAGGGGUGAUGUGGUGAACCAGGAGUUCAUGGGGAAUGUGAUGGCGCCGUCGAACCCGCCGCGGCCGGCUAUCGUGGUGCUGCUAAUGUCCAUGGUCAAUGAGAAACAGCCGUUUUCUUUAAGAUGCGCCGUGCUAUACUGUUUCCAAUGCUACCUAUAUCACAAUGAGAUGUCGCAGGCGAGCUUAGUGCAAACGUUACUGCCUUCCUCCUCUGACGUUUCGAGUCUUACUAGUGGUCAUCUGCUAUGUGGCGGUCUUUUCUCUUCUGACGUGCUCUCAAACUGGUUCGCGGCCGUGGCGCUCACGCACGCGCUCAUCGAGAACCCGGGCCAGAAGGAGCAACUGCUGCGAGUGUUGUUGGCGACCAAUAUCGGCAGUGCACCAGUGUCUUUGUUGCAUCAGUGCACACUUACUUUACAGCAGACUACCAAAUUACAGCCUAAGGUUGCCCUUCUAAUGCUGCUCUCGCAAUGGACGGCGCAUUGUCCGGCCGCGGUGAGCGCUUUCCUUAAAGUGCCUGGCGGAGUGGGGUACCUCGUCAACCAGACCUGCUCCAAUGAACAUGACGAAAAUGAAUACUUACUACAAGGUCUCUCAGCAUUCCUCCUAGCCAUCUGCAUACAUUUCAACGAUGAUUCCGUCGAGAACUACUCCAAGGACUCCAUGAAACAGCUCCUAUUAAAGCGGAUAGGCAUCGAAACCUUCACGGCGAAGCUGAGCGAAGUGACGAAGCACGAGCUGUAUAAUAAGGCGGCGAAGCACCCGCAGUUGAGAGUGAAGAUGGCCUCGGAGAUACUUAUCGAUUAUGAGUUCUGUAGGCUAUUUAAAGUGCUGGAGAGCGUAGUGACCCAAAGUCUGACAGUCAAACAAGAGAACGGAACCGCUGAACCAGAGCGGGCAUCUCCUGACGAUGCUACCUUAGAACAGUACAAGAACCUCAUCCGGCAGCAAGAUGCCAGAUUACAGCAGCUGAUGCAGCAAGUCGAGGGGUUGAUACAGCAUAAUAAUCAGCUACAGAGUGCCCUAAACGACUCAAUAGCCUCAAACUCACACCUCAAAGAUGAAAACACCCUUUUAAAAGCUCAAGUAUCCGCCCACCCUGUGAGAGGCACAUCUGACUCGGAGUACGAAGCCAAGCUCAACCAGUUAACGUUGGAGGUGACCAGGUUAGAUGGCGAGCUGGAGAAGGCGAGGGAAGCGGAGGCGAGGGCGGUGCAGGAGUUGGAGAAGACGAAGAAGGACCAGGAUGACUUGUUAGAAUUGUUGGCGGACCAGGACACGAAGAUAAACGAAUACAAAGCCAAGUUAGCGGCUCUCGGGCACCCCGUCGACGAAGCUCCCGCCGACGCGGAGCCCGCCCACACCCUCACAUAAUGUUGCCAACGUACGUAACGUAACUAGAAAUAAAUUAGUGCUUAGAGCGGGGCUACAUUGGCGAUUUUCGAGCGAGCCGAGCGCGCAACGAUCUUGCCUAGAAAUGCAACGGAUAGUUGUUUGGCCGGAUACGAGUACGAUUAUGACCAUGACUGUUUCUUAAAUCCAACUUGUUUACUCCAAAAUCAAGCAAAGUUACUAUCCGGUAUCCGGCCGGAUAUCAGGUCAACAUGUUAAAAUAACGGCCGGAUACCGGAUAGUAACCGAAUAUCCGGUGCAUCUCUUGCCGCGAGCACGCAACGACUUUGCUCCCAUUCCAGUAUGACAAUAUGAAGCAAAAUCUUUGCGCGCUCACGGUUAGAUAGAUGCGCGCUCGCUCGCAUAUCGCCAGUGUAGCCCCUCACUUAGAAAGUAUAAUGAGCAUAUACAUUAUUUUGUAGGUGGGACGUUUAGCGAAAGAGACGAAAGGGACUAUUCAUAAAUUACGUCACUUCGAAUUUUGUCUGGACAUCGGAUGAUGGUAGCAUGUCGAAGGAGGAAACGGGGUCAUUGGAAGCAUGAUUUUUGGAUGAUAUUAGGGGUCAAAAAUCGAUGACGUAAUUUAUGGACAGCCCCAAAGGACAUUUUGCGAGUGGAUCGCUAAUUUAGUAAUCCAGCCGGCCUAGCCAAGGUUACAAUCGCUAUCGCUUCGACAACGAAAACCAUUAUGUCUCUCUAUCACUCUUCCAUAUUAGUGCGACAGUGACAGUUGCGUUUCGAUCGCUACGGAGCGUAAGCGAUCGGCAUCUUGGCUACGCGGCCAGGAUAGAUUCGUCACACUGGUAUGGCUAAAAUCAAUAACUUUUAUGCCAAUAUGUGUUUUAUAUCCUUGUAAUUAAAGCUCUUUUCUAAAAAGCGACAAUUAUGAAGUUUCCAUAUAAUAAAACCGAUAUUACUGAUUUUUCAAAGUCGACCGUGUAUGUAUGAUAUUUAGGUCGAAUUUAGAGAUAAAAAUCGUUGAAAUAAAGUUAUAAAUUAGUUGGGAUUUUUCGUAGCAUUGUUGUAAUGUCUCUUUAGGUAUCUAAUUAAAACUAUGUUAUUAGUUUCCCUUAAGUUUAGGCCCGUUUUUAUGAAAAUUUAAACUGAUAAUAGAAAAAUAUGUUGUUUCUAAUAUUGAUCUCACAGGAUUUUUUUUUGCUACGGUCCUACUCCCUACGUCAUUGUUCAAUGAUGCUACGAAAAUUCCGCGCUUUACUUUUGUAUAUUAAUUUAUUCGUAUUAUAGUUUAAAGUCUACGCGUGUUUAUAAAUAGAAGGCGAAUGAUCAUGUAACUGUUAUAUAUUUGUGGCUUUCCAUACAGAAGGGUCCGUAUGAGUCAAAUAUAAUAAGGACGUUUCCAUCUGUUAACAACUCAAUCAAACCUCUUGAAGCAUAAGUAGGUACUCUUUUCUGAUGGAAUGCCAUAUUUUAUUAACAUUCUUGGUAACUAAUAAAUAAAACUAAAUGCAUCAUUGUGUUUAAAUGCACGUUGAAAUUAUAUGAAUUUUACUUGUUACCUUACUCUAAAAUGUUAUAUUUAUUCUAUACAUUCGAUUUUGUGUUCUAUGUUCUAUAUAAAUAUUUCUUUCAAUUCAAUAUAGAUCAUACCGUGGUUAUAAGUGCAAUAUCAUUCCGCUUUCCUUGCCAUUCAUCUGUAAUUUAGAAAACAUUCUAAAAAGAUAGUAAGCUAGUUGAAAAAUGGACCUCCCCAAAAUUUGUUCAACAUAUUGCUUAGUUUUACAUUUGUGUUGUUUCCAAGCAAAAGUCCCACUUUGUAGCUUGUCAUAAGGACGCUUUGACAGGUUAUUCGUAUAAUGAUACAAGCAAAUCUCGUCCUUAUGGCAAGCGAAGCGACACUGCAGUGGGACCUUUGACUAGACUUCGACACUUUUUGUUGCUAUAGUUACGACAACAGUUCUAAAAUAGACUUUAUUUCCUGAUCUUGUUAUAUUAUUAUUAGUUAAGCACUGCUAGUGUGAAUCUAUUUUUUUAAUUUGACUGUAUUAUUUAUUAUAUUUAGUGUGAAAUAGUUUAUUUAUAGAUUACAUUAUAAAAAUAAAUAUUAUAUUGUACAUAUUAUAA